CUCUUAUAUAUUUGUCAUAUUUUAUUCACCAAUGAGAGACAAAAGGAAGGAAAGAGAGAUAUUGUGUUUCGUGCAAAAACACUACUUAUGAGUAGCUAGCAACUAGUGUAGUAGCAAAGCUAAAACAACUCAACCCCCUACGUAGCUUUCAUCUGAUUCUCAUGAAAAGCUGAAAACUCUCUCAUUGCCUUUUCUUUAUCACUUCUCUUUUCUCUCCCUAUAACAAUGCUUAUCAUCUUCCUUACUUCUCAACAUCACUAACAUCUUCUCCACACAUCCAUGGAGUUUGACCUUGAAAACCCUCUUGAAUAUUUCCAUGACCUUCCUAAUUCUCAAGAUGUUUCUUCACUUUUCCUCAUUGAAUCUGACCACAUCCCUCCACUAAAUUACUUUCAAAACCUCAAAUCAAAUGAGUUUGAUGCCUCAGUUAGAACUGAUUUCAUCUCUUUGAUCUCUCAGUUAUCCUGUAAUUUUGAUCCAUUUGUGACUUACCUAGCUAUCAACUAUUUGGAUCGCUUCCUCGCUAACCAAGGGAUAUUGCAACCAAAGCCAUGGGCAAACAAACUACUUGCAGUAACUUGCUUUUCUCUAGCAGUAAAGAUGUUGAAAACAGAGUACUCUGCUACUGAUGUUCAGGCUCUUAUGAAUCAUGGUGAUGGUGGUUUCAUUUUUGAGACACAAACAAUAAAAAGAAUGGAAGCACUUGUGUUAGGGGCACUACAAUGGAGAAUGCGUUCCAUCACACCUUUCUCUUUCAUUCCUUACUUCACAAAUUUGUUUAUGCUUGAUGAUAUCACAUUAAAGGUUCUAAAAGAUCGAGCUUCUGAAAUUAUAUUGAAGUCACAAAAAGAUGUAAAGGUUAUGGAAUUUAAGCCAUCUAUAGUUGCUGCUUCAUCCCUUCUUUAUUCUUCACAUGAGUUGUUUCCCUUUCAAUAUCCAUGCUUCUUGGGAAUAAUUUCCAAUUGUUCAUAUGUAAAUAAAGAAAGUGUUAUGGAGUGCUAUAAUGUAAUACAAGAUAUAGCGAAGGAGGAGUAUGAGUCCAUGUUUAAUGUGCAUUCAAGUUCAGGCACACCGGUUAAUGUGUUAGACGAAAAUUUUCUAAGCUUGGAAAGUGAAAAAACCAACGGAACCAAUGUUGCUCAUACUACUAUGAUACAAGAGAAGCAUUUCAAAAGAAGGAAAAUUUAAAUCAUCAAUGUUGAAGUACUAGAACAGAAGAUAACAACAUUUAAUCCUUCUGGUCCAUACAAGAAUGAUUAAUGCUGCUGUAAUAGAACAAAAAAAAGUUAAGGUGAAAAAAAAGAAAGAUACAAUAAUAGAAUGAGAUAGUGAUGGAAUUAAUGGGAAUGUGAAAAAAAGGAAAUUUGAUCCAUAGUUUGUGGAUAAAAUCACUGUAACGUGAUCCUCGUACGGUUUUCAUUAAAUCUGCUGAUUGUGAAAAGGAACAUGGAAGAAAAUAUUGGAAUUAAUAUCAUUUUUUCCAAUGUGAGAGGAAACAAAAAGACAAAAUGUAACUUUGGAUUGUAUGUCUGAAUUUUUGUAUUGUCUGAUUUGUAGUGGAGUGCUUUUCUGUCUCUUAGCUUAUGGCAAAUGAAUAAUAGUAUAGUGAGUGAAGGAAGAAAUUUUGUUGGAAGGAUUUAAUUAAUAUGCAAUGUUAAUGCAGAGUUUUAUAUAUGUA